CUGCGAGCUUAGCCAAGCAGAUACAUGUGGGAGCCUCCCUCGUCCACUGAGCGGCUGCCUUUGUUGUCGCGGCAGGCCAUCGAACACACAGCAAGGGAAGCAACACUCAUGUUCUCCGACACCAGGACAAGCAAGACUACCUCUCAGCUGCAGCAGCAGCAGCAGCGGACCGGCCACAUCCAUGAAAGCACCACACAGCGCUCGGCCAGUGCGGCAAGCACAAGCACUGCCAGCGGGCGAACAAAGGUGCGUCAUUGAUAGUGAGAGGGAGUGACUGUCGCCAUGUCAAUCUCUCUCUCUCUCUCUCUCUCUCUUGUCUGUUCAGGUGCGGUUCGUGCCGCCACAGCUGGCAAGGAAGUCGUCGAUGGCCCAGCGGAUGGCGAGGAGGACACUCAGACACACUGUGCUGGAGAUCAAACAUGGUUAGUGGGACCUGAUCUGUGUUGGCGUGGAUCGGUGUACUGCACUCACUCACUCACUCACUCACUCACUCACCCAUUCAUUCACUGGUUCAUUCAGUCAGUCAGUCAUUGGGUUGUGUGUGCAUGUGUGUGCUUCAGGUGGUUUGACGGAGAAGGAGCUGACGACGGCCGAGCUGCUGCGGAUUGUGCACCAGCACAACAAAUACCACGUGGUGGAAGACAAGUGAGGUGUCCACACACAUGGACUCACACAGAGAAAGAGACGCACACACGCGUGUGUGUUUGAAUGUGUGUGUUUGUGAAUGUGUGUGUGUGUGUGUGCAGGGCGCCGGGAGCUCUCAAGUGGGCCAACAACUGACCGAUCAAAUGAAUGCUCUCAUGUUGUGUUGUGUCGUAUGUGGUGUGCUGUUUAUGUGUGCAGGUAUCGUGACAUCCGGCAGAUCCUGUCAGACGUGUCGGGCACUCAGCCGUCGUUCGAGGUGCGCCGCAACUGCCUCCUCAUCAACCUGCCGCCAAUCAGGGCUAUCAUACUCCAUGACACGGUCAGUGAGUCGAUGCACUUCUGCAGGCACUCGUGCAAUGACGGGUUAUCCCUCCCCCUCUGUGUGUGUGUGUGUGUGUGUGUGUGUGUGUAGGUUUUGAUCAUUCCCCAGAUCGCCGACAACUUCCCGCUGGAGCUGUCCCUCGACCCGUCUGUGCUCGAAUUCGACUUCGAUUCUUUGCUCUAUGAGGUCGGUGUGCAUAUCCCUCCAUGUGACUGACCUCCAUUGAUGGGUGUGUGUGGUGGACACAUGAUGUAUGCAGGCGACCGACGUGUUUCCCGAGUCGGGUGAUGACGCCAAGAAGGUCGCCCCCGAGCCAUCGUCCUCUCUCCGAUUCCGAGGCAGCUCUUAUGGCAGGUGACGUGACAUACACAAACACGCGGCAAGCCAUAAUGGUAUCAACACAUGUGGCUGGCUGGUUCAGGGGUAAGGUGUCGCUGCUGCCGUUGGUGAAUGACCACGUGUCGACCCAGGAGGAGCAGGACGAUCAGCGCGAGAGGGAGAAGGAGCAAGCGGAAGCCGACCUCAAAAAGAAGAGCACCAAAUUCUCCGACUGCGUCGAAAACAUCCUGCAAAUGUCCAAACACAAGGUGCCCAUUCAUGCGUGUCGCCACACACACACACAGGGAGCAGGAGAGAGGCACGGGUCUGUGCCCGUUUGUGUGUGAUUGUGUGUGUGUUUGUGUAUGUUUCUGUGUGUGUGUUUCAGUGGGGUCAAGGGGACCGCAUCAUUCCCUUUGAGUUUGCGGUGCUCGAGGCGGUGCUGGUUGAGGUCUGCUCGGACCUACACUCGGAUUUCAAGCCUCUCAAAACAGCCGUUGGUCAGCAUUCCCCCCGCCAUGCCCCCCACGUGUUGGUGUAUGUGUUGGAUUGGUGUGUGCAGAGUACACGUGCAACGAGCUGGGCCAGGACGGUUUCGCGUCCACACGCACAGUCGAGGGUGUGAAUCGUCUCAAGUCGUGCCUGACCAGCCUCCAGUACCGGGUCAAGGGCAUCCAGAGGGCCAUCGCACAGCUGCUCGACAACGACGAAGACAUGAGCAGACUCGAAAUCUCGCGGUUCUAUGAAGUGGGUACCCCCCUCCCUCCCGCCAUGCACACACACCCAUUCACAAAUACACGGAUGUGUUUCUCCUUUUUUGUUGUGUGUUCAGCGUCCCAGUGAGAGGCCAGUGCCGGCCCGUCAGUCGUCGAUUUUGAUCGAGACCCCCUCAGCAGACAUCACCCGGCGGUUCUCGCAGCAGCCUGUGCUCCACGCUGCCCACAGGAAGGGCCACGACCACCGGGCGGCCACCGUCCCUCCCAUAUUCGCCGAGGCGUUCCACGGCUCAGCACACUCACAGGCAGACAGCCCACAUGUACGCCGCACCACAACGGCCACGCACACACAUGGAUGUGUGUGUGUGUGUCUCUCUCUCUCCCUUGUGUGGUCGACCAGUUUGGGACGGGCCAUGUUGGUGCUGCUGAGGAGCAGCUGACGAAUGCAGGGACGGCAGACAGCCCGAUGGACCAUCAGUCUGAGGAGGGCAGGAACGCUGCCGCGCCAGUGUCGCCUGAGAACCACUUUGAGCAUGAGGAGGCCGGUGACGAGCCGUACAGCACCGAGGACGUGGAGCUGCUGCUCGAGUGCUACAUGCAGGAGGUGGAGCUGCUCGACCACAACAUCAGCCUCCUUGACGAGGUCAGUGGGUGCCUCAGCAAGCAAGCAUCAGACAACAGUGCAUUUGCUUGAGUGUGCCAUUCAUCGCAUUGAUGCGUCGCUCUGUGUUACCGGUAUGUAUUCUUGUGCAGACGCUGGAUGACGUGCUGCAGCUGAUGAAUCUCCAUCUCGGUGAAUGGGUCAAAGACAGACAGACAGACAGACCCCCCCGAGGUGUGCGUAUGGCGUGUGGGUAUGGUGUUGUGUUGUGUGGUCGAUCAGCCACCGUGCGUAACAAGGUGCUCAAGCUUGACCUGGGUACGGUACAGGAGCAAAGUGACACAAUACACGCAGACAGAAGCGGCCGUGCAUCAUGCCUCUCUUGGUGAAUGUGAUGUGUGUUGGAUGGACUGACUUGUGCUGGCAGGUCUGAAUGCAGUGGGUGUCGUUGUGGGCUUCGGGGCGUGUGUCGGCGGCCUCUUCGGAAUGAACCUCAGGUACGUACGGUCAGCUCAGCUUGCUGGUGGAGGCAUGGCAUGUCCAGCCCCUUUCUGUCUGCCCGCCCGUCCUGCUGUGUCCUACGUGUGCAGGAGUGGCCUUGAGGACAGCUUCACCGCGUUUUAUGCCGUGUUCGUGUUCUGCAUGGUCUCGUGCAUCCUCACUGCCAUCGCCGUCGGUACGCCGGCACGCACAGCACAGAUGGACAACAAGCACUGCAGACGGGCGAAUGUGUGUAUCUGUGUGUGUGUGUGUGUGUGCCAGGAUUUUUCUUCAAGAGGGCACUCACGCUGUAGCCAGGCAUCGCAGGCAUGAAUGAUCGGUGAAUGUGUGUAAGUAAGGAACCGCUACGGUGCGUGCGGGAGGGGGACGGGUAGCUAUAGAGCUGUAGAGUGAUGGUUAUUGUACAUGUACUGUAGUACUACCUGACUCACCGCUACCAUGACUCUCUCCAGGCAUAUGUAUGGGGCCAUAUGUAUUGCUCUAAAAGCCG